AUGUCUUCCAUCCUUUCUACAGGCCUCCAGGAUAAGCUCCGUGACAUCAUUGACGAAUACACAUCUGGGGGUACUGACCGCAAGAUUCCUGGCUUACAUUGCUCUGGCACGAGAGGAAUGUCCUCGCAGGACUUGAUGUCCACAGAUACCAUCUUUUACUUGGCUUCUUUUACCAAGGUUGCAACCUCUGUCUCUUGCAUGCAACUUAUCGAGCGUGGCCUAUUGCACCUUGACGAUGCUGAUGAAGUUGAGAGGAUCUGCCCUGAGUUGAGAGAUGUAAAAAAUUACUCUACGAAUGCUCCUGAACCACACUGGCAAGUACCCUUGAAAUCGACUUCCGGUUUUGGAUACGCCUUUGAGGAUGACAAGCUGGCAGAAUACACUCGCCCAGUUGGUGCAGAUGAUUUCUCAGGUGAAGCAGUGGAGAUAUCCAACCGACCUCUUGUCAACCAACCUGGCGAGAAGUUCCAGUAUGGAAUCUCGAUGGACUGGGUGGGUGUCAUGAUUGAGCGAGUCUCUGGAAAGUCGUUGGACGAAUACUUCAAAGCCAACAUCUUCCGACCCCUAGGGAUGGGCAGUGUGACCUUUCAUCCCUCAGAAGAGGCCAAGGCAAAUAUGGCCUACAUGCAUCGAAGGUCUGCGGAUGAAAAGCUAGCAACUACUGAUCACUUUUACCGACGACCGUUGCUGGCCUACGGAGAGGGAAACAAGGCCCCGUGCGCUGGAGGCCAUGGUUGUUUUGGAAAGCCGGCUGAGUUCGGAAGACUCAUCUCACUUCUGCUCAACGACGGCAUCGACAAGGUAACAGGCGUACGACUUCUCAAGCCCGAGACUGUCCAAGACAUGUUCACGGAUCAGAUUGCCGAUAAACCACGUUACAGUAACGUCUGUGUUCCGGUAGCAAAGCCCGAGCUGGCCAACCCAACACCCUUGACCCCAAUGCCGGACGAUCACACCGAGGGAUGGGGAAUGUCAUUUUCAAUCAGUCACUUUCCCUCUGAAACAGGACGAGCUGCCGGUACAGCGUCUUGGGAAGGUUUGGCUAAUCUCUUCUGGUUCGCUGACAGAAAAAACAACAUUGGCGGCAUCAUUGCUUCCCAAAUCAUCCCUUAUGGGGAUCACUUGGUACUUGAGUGCUCUGAUCGUGUAGAGACCGAGAUAUACAAGGCUUUGCAGCAGGCGGAUGGACCAUGA